GGCUGGGGGAAGGUCUCUCUGCUCUGCCGUGGCCGGAGCGUUUUGCUGCGGAGGAAAACCGGGGAGAAGAGGUUCGGUAGGGUAAAGCGGCUUCCAAACCACACUGCUCAGAAGACUCAUUUUUCUCAGCUCUGUCGAGGCCUCUGAGCUCCUCACUGCACGGAAGAGGACAGGUCUGCCCUGAGCCAUGUCCAACGACCCUCCACCACCCUACCCGGGAGGCCCCUCAGCACCACUGAUAGAAGAGAAGCACGGCCCGCCCCCCGCCACAGGGGCUGGGGGGGAUCCCAGCUGCUCUGGGGGGCCCCAGGGGGUUCCCAUCCCCCCUCCUGAAUUUGGGCCUCCCCCAUACGAGCCACCCUCACAGCCGGGCUUUGUGCCCCCCCACAUGCCCACGGACAGCGCCGGGCCCUAUGUGCCACCGGGGGCUGCCACCACAGUGACGGUGCUGCAGGGGGAGAUCUUCCAGGGCGCGCCCGUGCAGACGGUGUGUCCCCACUGCCAGCAAGCCAUCACCACCAAGAUCACCUAUGAGAUCGGGCUCAUGAGCUUCCUUCUUGGCUUCUUCUGCUGCUUCGUGGGGUGUGAUCUCUGCUGCUGCCUGAUCCCCUGCCUGUUCGAUGACUUCAAGGAUGUGACACACACGUGUCCCAACUGCAAGGCCUACAUCUACACGUACAAGCGCAUGUGCUAACAGCACCCCGGGAGCCCGAGCCACUGGAAUGACACCGGCCCCUCUCCCGCUGCCGUCCUAGUCUACGCGUGUGCAACGCUCCUUCGCUUAACCCUCCGGUGGUGUGUACGUGUGUAUCCCCGGCUCCCUCCCGCUCAGAGCUGCCACCACCUUCCCCAAGCUCCGGUCCUCGCUGUGAACGGUUGGAUUGGCAAUGCUGGUGCGGGGUACAGGGGAGAUGGGCCCAGGCACCGGCUGCUGCACA